AUGCGCUGUCACCAAACCCUCCUUUCAGCCGCUCACUCCCGAACGUACAAAUUGUUCCUUUCAAAACCUCUGGAAAUCAUCUCUGUACCUCCCUCCACGGACAUUGCCUUCCAUGCCGACCUCUAUCAUCCACGUUUUCAUGUCUUCUGCGAGAACCGCCCCGAGGUGAUCGACAAGAUCUCAAAAGACAUGGGUCGUUCAUCCGAUAAAGGUACGCCUGAGAAAAAGUAUUCGGAGCUUCCAGAUCUUGUCCGUGAAACGACGCUUGAUGAGGAAUGGCGAGAAGGGACCGUCAAGCCGUUACUGGAAAUGUUGAAGAGCAAAGGCUCCUCCCCCAUUGUCACGGACAGAGAAAAGAGACACCUGAGCGCAUCAGCCCGCGUUCACUGCGAAUGCCUGCUGAUCGCCCACUUCGCCGCCAACCCAACGGUCCGACCUCACGAUUACAUCGCCACCUCGAAACUCCUGUGUUACGGGUGUCACAUCUUCCUCCGCGCGUACAACAAUGUUCACGACCAACGUCUACACGUCAGGGGCACCCAUGCCAAAAUUUACAUUCCGUGCGGCCUCUCCUCAAGGAUGGCACUCAAGGACAGGUGGAAGACCAAAUGCGCACUAUGAUGAUGGAUGACUUGGAGGGGGUAUGGGCGCAACACCACGGCCCCAGGGUAUCUAAUAGUACGGAUGCCUCCGAAACGAAGGCCCAUUGCGGGAGUCAGAGGCCCGUGAAGAAAUUGCCAAUGCCACGCCGUUUGGGGGUCCACACGAUUUCCUAAAUUUGCUCCACCAGGCUCAAAGUGCGUCAGGUUAAAAGAGAGUGCAUUACGCAAAGACCUUUGAUUCGACGCACUGUGAUGGCAAUCAUUAUCGGGUUUAUUACCUUUGCACUUUUCACCAUGCACAUUCCAAUCUUCCAUUUUGUCUCCCUCCCUUUCGGCUCCGUUCUUUGGUAUGUAAAAUUUUGUAUGUUCAUUCGUUGGCCGUGUAUGCCAUUAUUUUUGCGCACGCCG